UGAGGACUGAGGAACGAUUGUUCUUGAACGUGGCGCAAGCCCGUGAAGAGCGACCGUUCAAGAAGAAAACUUCACAGAAAAGUCGAGUGGAUCAGCAGAAUUUAUACAGCCAAGGAUUCUCCUGUUCUUCCGGAAUACGCCGAAUCGGAAGAACUGGAAGACAUUCGAGACGCUCUUGAUAUUAUUUCGCUGAAAACGGAGAAGCGAGUGGGUACGUACUUUGAACUGGAAAACAAAAGUUCCCGGGGAUCUGCUUGCUCGACUAACGUACGGUGGAAACACAACAAGUACCCGAAAUGCUGGCAGCCUCGAUUUGUCACGAAAUCUACUACACGGUGUUGCCCAGUACGACGAUGACCUCACGAGUACCACGCUGCCUCUUCGGCCGGCCAAAUCCGCGAGAGACAAUGGAGAUGCUCCAGGAGGCACUAGACGCGGAGAGGAGCAAGUUCGCCAAGAGAUGGGGAGUGGAUCCUCGUUCCGAGGAUAAGGAGAAUAAUUAUCAGAGGCGGAACAACGAGAAGAGCGACCGGUCGCCCGGCAAAAAGCGAAGUAAUCCGUAUUCAAGGCAGACUAGCAUUCACGAUUAUUGGCGAGCUAGAAAAGUAUGCGAUGUGAACAAAAAGCCGCUGACGGCCACAGUGGACGUGUCGAAACAAAAUGUGGAAUCGUCGAAAACAACGAAGGCGAUUCCUACGACAACAACGACAACUACAACGAAGACCACGUAGAAGACAUUGAACUAAUCAUAUAUUCUGUUGCACAGACCCCGCGCACACGUGCGGUUUUCUCUUAUUUUGCUGCGGUGGCGAAAAAAUCGCCAUGUAACUUAAACGUACUAGGCGGCAAAAAACUAAC